AUGAGCUGCUUUCAAUGUUGUAUGUCACAAGAGAAGAUCAAUAGGAAAUCAUUGAAGAAGAGCAUUAAGGAAUACCAUGCUGCAAAAACUCUAUCCUCAUUUGCCAACAUCUCUUUUAGAAGUGAUAGUGGCAAGCGAAGGUUCAUAACAGAAGAGAUAGCAAAGCUUGGGAAAGGAAAUGUUACCUCUAAGAUUUUCUCAUUUCGUGAACUAUGCAAUGCAACUCAGAAUUUUCACCAUGCCAAUAUGAUUGGUGAAGGAGGCUUUGGGAGGGUUUACAAAGGAUGCCUUAAAAGCACAAAUCAAGUUGUUGCUGUGAAGCAACUAGACAGGAAUGGAUUUCAAGGAAACAGGGAAUUUCUUGUAGAGGUUUUGAUUUUGAGUCUUUUGCACCACCCUAACCUUGUCAACUUGGUAGGGUAUUGUGCUGAAGGUGAUCAGAGGAUUUUGGUAUAUGAAUACAUGGUCAAUGGUUCGUUAGAAGAUCAUCUACUAGAAUUAACUCCUGACAGAAAGCCUUUGGACUGGCAUACUAGAAUGAAAAUUGCAGAAGGUGCAGCAAGAGGACUUGAAUAUUUACAUGAAGUAGCAAACCCACCAGUGAUAUAUCGUGAUUUCAAGGCAUCAAACAUACUGUUAGAUGAAAACUUCAAUCCAAAGCUCUCUGAUUUUGGACUUGCAAAGCUUGGUCCAACUGGAGAUAAAUCACAUGUAUCCACAAGAGUGAUGGGAACUUAUGGUUAUUGUGCUCCUGAGUAUGCAUUAACAGGACAGUUGACUACUAAAUCAGAUGUGUACAGCUUUGGAGUAGUGUUUUUGGAGAUUAUCACAGGAAGAAGAGUUAUUGAUUCUUCAAGGCCAUCAGAAGAACAAAAUUUAGUCCUUUGGGCACAACCACUUCUCAGAGACAGAUUGAAAUUUACACUAAUGGCUGAUGCAUUGCUAGAAGAUAACUACCCCGUAAAGGGUCUAUACCAAGCUCUAGCAAUAGCAGCAGUGUGUCUUCAAGAGGAAGCUGAUACCCGGCCUUUGAUCAGUGACGUGGUUACAGCUCUUGACUUUUUAACAAGGAAGAGAAUAGAAGUGGAUGAACCACAACAUACAAAAGAGACUUCUUCUGCUCAGAAUGGAGACAGCAGUGGAGAAAAUGAAUCUGAUGUAGUAGAUGAUGAUGAUGAUGAUGAA